GCGGGAUCCGCGCAUGCGCUCGGGUGACGGCGCCCGGAGGGCUGAAUGUCCGGCCUGCGGGCGCUGCUGGGGUUCGGGCUGCUGGUCGCCGGCUCGCGCCUUCCCCGGGUCGCAGGCCGGGCGGGUGUCUGCCGCGCGGGACCUACCUGGUGGGGAACGCAGCAUCUGAGCUCGGGUGGCGGCGGGAGUUCCGAGGCCAUGGCAAGCGUCGCAGUGAAGUACCUGAGCCAGGAGGAAGCCCAGGCCGUAGACCAGGAGCUAUUUAACGAGUACCAGUUCAGCGUGGACCAACUUAUGGAGUUGGCUGGGCUGAGCUGUGCCACAGCCAUUGCCAAGGCAUAUCCCCCUACGUCCAUGUCCAAGAGCCCCGCUGCCGUCUUGGUCAUCUGUGGCCCCGGGAAUAACGGAGGAGAUGGCCUGGUGUGCGCGCGACACCUCAAACUCUUUGGCUACCAGCCAACUAUCUAUUACCCCAAAAGACCGAACAAACCACUCUUCACUGGACUUGUGACUCAGUGUCAAAAAAUGGACAUUCCUUUCCUUGGUGAAAUGCCCCCAGAGCCCAUGAUGGUUGAUGAGCUGUAUGAGCUGGUGGUGGAUGCCAUCUUUGGCUUCAGCUUCAAGGGUGAUGUUCGGGAGCCAUUCCACAGCAUCCUUAGUGUCCUGAGUGCCCUGACUGUGCCCAUCGCUAGCAUCGACAUUCCCUCAGGAUGGGAUGUGGAGAAGGGAAACCCUGGCGGAAUCCAACCAGACCUACUCAUCUCACUGACAGCACCCAAGAAGUCUGCAGUCCAGUUUACUGGCCGCUAUCAUUACUUGGGGGGUCGUUUUGUACCACCUGCUUUGGAAAAGAAGUACCAGCUGAACCUGCCAUCCUACCCUGACACAGAGUGUGUCUACCGUUUGCACUGAGACAGAUGAAAAUAAUUGACAGUUGGCACAGGCUGGCCUCGAGCCUGGGCAGAAAAGAAGGAAGCCCAGCAGGUAACCACAACUUACUUGUGUGCUGUUCGCCCCUCACAAGCUUCAAGUAGC